AUGCCAUUCCACCACGUGCGGGCGGGCCUGCUCUAUCCAGACAACUACCUGAGCAGCUCCCUGACGGAGGGCAGCGAAGCCUUCCAGCUCAACAGCAUCUCCACAGAGGAGCUGGGAGAGAUCCGUGACGCGUUUCGUGUGUUGGAUCGAGAUGGGAAUGGUUUCAUCUCCAAACAGGAGCUGGGCAUGGCCAUGCGCUCCCUGGGUUACAUGCCCAGCGAAGUGGAGCUGGCCAUCAUCAUGCAGAGACUGGACAUGGAUGGGGACGGCCAAGUGGACUUUGAGGAGUUCAUGACGAUACUGGGGCCCAAACUUCUGUCAUCUGACAACAGAGAAGGAUUCCUUGGCAGCACCAUCGACAACAUCUUCUGGCAGUUUGACAUGCAGCAGCUGUCUCUGGAUGAGCUGAAGCAGGUGCUGUUCCACGCCUUCCGGGACCACCUGACAAUGAAGGACAUAGAGAACAUCAUCAUCACCGAGGAGGAGAGCCUCAAUGAAACCUCAGGGAACUGCCCUGAGUAUGAGGGAGUCCAUCCUAAGAAGAAGAAUCGACAGACGUGUGUCAGGAAAAGCCUGAUCUGCGCCUUCGCUAUGGCUUUCAUCAUCAGUGUCAUGCUCAUCGCAGCCAAUCAGAUGCUGCGGAACGGCAUGGAGUAA